AUGUCGCAUCGACCAUUAUGCCACAAGGCGACCAAGAUCGUCGCUGAUGCUCUCCGCGCCCAAGGUCAGUGCUGCUCUCGCUCGAUUCAUUCGACACCCCAUCCUAAUCCCUAAUCCCGAUCCCCGACCUUUGGCCCCCUACUCCGAUUCAGGUCCUCUAACGACCCAAUCGCUCUACGACGUCGUACACACGACCCACCCUUCCUCGCUCCCCGCCCGUCCGCUCCCCAACCGUUACCUGAUGGGCCACACCCGUCCUUCGUCCUCGAUCAUGCACAUGCGAAAGCAACAACGGCAGGACGUCGAUCUGCCGCGCGAAGAAGGGGAUACGGAUGGGACGUGGUCGAUGGCGUACUUGAAGAGAAAGGUCUUGGCGGGGAUGCUGGAGAAGGGGGAGGUGGUCAAGAUGACCAAGAUCAAGUGGGACAAGUUGAGGGGCGUGGAAACGACGACGACGACGACGACGACGACGACGACGACGGCGGAGGAGAGGGCGAAGGCAACGGGUGUGAAAGAGGCGACGAAGAAGUUGCAGAACUAUGAGAAGAAGGCGGCGGAUACGCAUUUCUGGAUCCUCAGGGAAAAGAUCGAGGAGGAAGGCAUCGUCUGGCCUGGGAAAGGGAGCGCGACGGUACAGGAACCCUCCAGGCCAUCGAAUAAUACGACAUCACGAGGAAAGGUCAACAAGCGCAGGUUCUGA